UAUAAGAAGCGGUCGGCGAGCGCUUUAGAAGUCGGACAGGCAGUAGAAGGAGGAGGAAGGGAAUCAUUUCGAGAUCGCUCCUAGGAGUGGCGAUCGAAGAAGAAAACGUCCAAUCUUCUUUCUGACUGGAAAAAGGCUGCGGGUGCGCGUCCGGGGGCCGGAGGCUGCACCAUGCAGCAGCCACAACAACAGUACGAUUUCUUCAGUGAGGACAAUGCACCCAAAUGGCGCGGUCUACUCGUCGUUGCUCUGCGGAAGGUUCAACAACAGGUACAUCCCAAACUUGCCUCUACUGAGGAUGCCUUGCAAUACAUUGAAGAGCUAAUCCUACAGUUGCUGAGCAUGCUUUGUUUAGCCCAACCUCGUAGUGUUCAAGAUGUGGAGGAACGUGUGCAGAAAUCAUUCCCACAUCCAAUCGACAAAUGGGCCAUUGCUGAUGCUCAAUCAGCCAUAGAAAAACGUAAACGUAGAAAUCCUCUUUUGUUGCCUGUUGACAAAAUUCACCCUCUUCUAAAGGAGGUUCUUGGUUACAAAGUCGACCAUCAAGUUUCUGUUUACAUUGUUGCAGUAUUGGAGUACAUAUCUGCUGACAUACUUAAGCUAGCAGGCAAUUAUGUACGAAACAUACGGCACUAUGAAAUCACCCAACAAGACAUUAAAGUGGCUAUGUGUGCUGAUAAGGUACUAAUGGAUAUGUUUCAUCAAGAUGAGGAAGAUCUAGGUGUGAUUGAAGAGGAACCUAUUACCACUGGCGAGCAAACGUAUUAUGAUUUAGUGAAGAUGUACAUGUCUGAGAUUCGGCAGUAUCUGAGGGAAUUGAAUCUCAUCAUCAAAGUCUUCAGGGAACCUUUUGUAUCAGAUGUUAAGCUGUUUUCUGCAAAUGAUGUAGAAACCAUAUUUAGUCGUAUUGUGGAUAUCCACGAGUUGACUGUGAAGCUAUUGGGCCUAAUUGAAGAUACUGUGGAAAUGACAGAUGAAGGCAGCCCUCAUCCAUUAGUGGGAAGCUGUUUCGAAGACUUAGCUGAAGAGUUAGCAUUCGAUCCAUAUGAAAACUAUGCACAGGACAUACUGCGGCCUGGCUUUCAUGAUCAUUUUCUUAGCCUUUUAUCAAAGCCAGGAGCUGCAUUCUACUUGCAGUCAAUUGGUGAAGGUUUCAAGGAAGCUGUGCAAUAUGUUCUUCCCAGACUGUUACUGGCACCUGUUUACCAUUGCCUGCACUAUUUUGAACUUCUAAAGCAAUUAGAGGAGAAAAGUGAAGAUGAAGAAGACAAAGAAUGCCUGAAACAAGCCAUAACUGCUCUUCUUAACCUCCAGAGCAGUAUGGAAAGGAUUUGUUCAAAAUCACUUGCGAAAAGAAGGCUGAGUGAGUCUGCCUGUCGUUUUUAUAAUCAACAAAUGAAAAGCAAACACCUUGCAAUCAAGAAAAUGAAUGAGAUCCAGAAAAAUAUUGAUGGCUGGGAAGGCAAAGACAUUGGACAGUGCUGCAAUGAAUUUAUAAUGGAAGGCACACUGACACGUGUGGGUGCAAAACAUGAAAGGCACAUAUUCCUGUUUGAUGGCUUGAUGAUUUGCUGUAAAUCAAAUCAUGGUCAGCCUAGGUUGCCUGGUGGAAGCUAUGCAGAAUAUCGUCUCAAAGAGAAGUUUUUCAUGCGUAAGGUACAGAUCAAUGACAAAGAUGACACUAAUGAGUACAAACAUGCUUUUGAAGUUAUCUUAAAGGAUGAAAACGGUGUAAUUUUUGCUGCUAAAUCAGCAGAGGAAAAGAAUAAUUGGAUGGCAGCUUUAAUUUCUUUACAAUAUCGUAGUACACUGGAGAGGAUGUUGGAUACCACUAUGCUACAGGAGGAGAAAGAGGAGCCGCUUAGGCUCCCAAGUCCUGAAGUGUACAGGUUUGCUGAGCCAGAUUCUGAGGAGAACAUUGUGUUUGAGGAGAAUGUGCAAUCUAAAUCGGGAAUUCCUAUUAUCAAAGCUGGAACUGUUACAAAAUUGAUUGAACGCCUUACUUACCAUAUGUAUGCAGACCCAAACUUUGUUAGGACAUUCCUCACAACGUAUCGGUCCUUCUGCAAACCCCGGGAGUUGCUAGGCCUUUUAAUUGAAAGAUUUGAGAUUCCAGAGCCAGAGCCUACCGAAGCUGAUCGGAAGGCAAUGGAGCAUGGCGAUCAGCCUCUCAGUGCAGAAUUAAAACGUUUUAGGAAAGAAUAUGUUCAACCUGUGCAACUUCGAGUUCUGAAUGUAUGUCGACACUGGGUGGAACAUCAUUUCUAUGACUUUGAAAGAGAUGCAGAAUUAUUAUAUCAACUAGAAGAAUUCAUUGGGACAGUUAGAGGUAAAGCCAUGAAGAAAUGGGUUGAAUCUAUCAGUAAAAUCAUCCUAAGGAAAAAACAGGCACAAGCAAAUGGACCAUCACAUGCUAUCACGUUUGAAAGUUUGCCCCCUUCCAUAGAAUGGCACAUAAGUAGGAUUGGCCAAGUUGAAGCGUUUGACCUGCUAACUUUGCAUCCAAUAGAAAUUGCACGGCAGCUAACUUUAUUAGAAUCUGAUCUUUACAGAGCUGUUCAACCAUCAGAAUUAGUAGGAAGUGUAUGGACAAAGGAUGACAAGGAAAUAAAUUCUUCAAACCUCCUGAAGAUGAUAAGGCAUACCACUAAUCUCACUCUGUGGUUUGAAAAAUGCAUAGUAGAAACUGAAAACUUGGAAGAAAGAAUAGCAGUUGUCAGUCGAAUAAUUGAGAUCCUGCAGGUUUUCCAAGAACUAAACAAUUUUAAUGGAGUGUUGGAAGUGGUCAGUGCCAUGAAUUCAUCUCCUGUAUAUAGACUGGAUCAUACAUUUGAGCAAAUACCAAGUCGUCAAAAGAAAAUUUUAGAAGAGGCUCAUGAAUUGAGUGAAGAUCACUAUAAAAAGUAUUUGGCUAAACUCAGAUCCAUCAAUCCUCCAUGUGUGCCUUUCUUUGGUAUAUAUUUGACGAACAUUCUGAAGACGGAGGAAGGUAACCCUGAUUUCUUGAAACGACAUGGUAAAGAGUUGAUCAAUUUCAGUAAGAGAAGGAAAGUGGCAGAAAUAACAGGAGAGAUCCAGCAGUACCAAAACCAACCGUAUUGCUUACGAGUAGAGCAAGACAUUAAGAAGUUUUUUGAAAAUUUAAAUCCAAUGGGAAAUACUUUGGAGAAAGAAUUUACAGAUUACUUGUUCAAUAAGUCUUUGGAAAUAGAACCUCGUAAUGCCAGAUCAUUACCUCGAUUUGCAAAGAAAUAUAAUUACCCACUGAAAUCUCCUGGUGUCCGACCAUCUAACCCCAGACAUCCAGUGUCAGGCACCUUGCGUGGGCAUCCUACACCUUUACAGCAGGAACCACGGAAAAUCAGUUACAGUCGAAUAACAGAGAAUGAGACUGAAAGCAUAGCGUCAGCACCAAAUUCCCCACGUACUCCUCUGACACCACCACCUGCUUCUGCUGCAUCCAGCUCAACAGAUGUCUGUAGUGUGUUCGGGGAUUCUGAUCCAGCUAGUCCAUUCUAUUCAAGCAGUGAUACCAUAUUUGCCCCAGUUACACUGGCCCAUGGUGCAAGGCCAGCAUCAGUUUCUUCAAUGAGCUACAAUAGAAGCAUUGAUGAAGCUCAUAUCCCUCCUCCUGUUCCACCACGUAGGCGACCUGAAUCUGCCCCAACAGAAUCUUCCCCAUCCAAGAUCAAGUCAAAACACCUGGACAGCCCACCUGCUAUUCCACCCCGUCAACCCACAGGCAAGGUUUACUCGCCUCGGUACCCGUUGUCAGAGAGGUCGUCGAUAUCAGAACCUCCUGAUAGUCCUCCCAGCUUGCCACCUCGUGAGCCUGUACGAACACCAGAUGUAUUUCCAGGCUCGCCUUUGCCCCUGCAGCCUCCACCCUUGGGUAGAAAAGCUGAGCAUCCUAAUACUUUUUUCCCCAAUUCCCCAGUGCCUUUUACUCCACCUCCUCCUCAGACACCUUCUCCUCUUGGAACUCGCAGGCAUUUGCCAUCACCCCCUUUACCACAAGAUGCUGAUAUUGGUACCGCUGCUGGACCACCCGUUCCACCAAGACAGAGCUCUACAUCUCAAAUAAUUCCAAAACUUCCACCAAAAACCUACAAAAGGGAGCAUACACAUCCAUCGUUCCAUCGAGAUGGACUACCACUGCUGGAAAAUGCCCACCCCUCUUAGCUCUGAAACAUUUUCCUUAAACACUACAGGUUCUUAGACACUGCUGAGGUUGCAGCAUUGGACAGUGCUGUAAGAAUUUUAAAAUGUUUAAUGCCUGGCUUGGUAAGUUUCUAUUGCUUCUGACGCGAACCAGAGUUUCCAUCAAUUUGGAUUUACACAUUGGGAAACAAAUUGAGCUGGGUUGACUUUGCCAGUAAUCGAAAAUGCAGUUGUCAGUUUGCUGUACCAAUGAUAAACAUGUGUUGAUGAUGAAGGUUGGAACACCUAACAUCAACCAGCUGAAAAGAGGAGUGUGAGCAGAAAAUGUGGUUUGCGUCUCCAUCUUAAAAACAGGAUCAAUAUUUCACAUGAUCAUGCCUUGUUUAAAUACUUUUAAAUGUAUCAGAAAGGGGACUUCUGGAAAUGCAUUUUCGGUACCUAGACUAAUGAGCAAAUAUUUGCUCUGCACGGUAAUUGUAAACUUUUUGUUUGUUGAAAUUUGGGUACCUGCUACACCAAAGAGGCACAUUCUUUGUGGAGACUGAUUCAAGAACCAGUCCUACGAGAGAGAUCCUUCAAUGAGAAUGUAGCACCCAUCUUCAUUAGACAAAGGAGAACACAUUCAUCUGAUUUUAUUACCAUUUAAAACCAAGCGAAUUUAACCCAGGUGUAGCAAAAUGUGGAAACUAGUGACGUCUGCAUUACAUCUCCAAUGAGUUCUUGAUCUUACAACAUUCUCUUAAAUGUGCAUUUACUGACUUUUUAAAGCCUAGUGAUAAUCCAUGUCAUAACAUCACUGCAAUGUCAGAAAUUCCUUUCAGAAUAUAUUCAACAGCUGUAUUUUUAAGCAGAGUAUACAAUGAAAUGGCUUAAUCUUGAAGUGGAGAUUUGGGUUUAUAACAAAAUAAUCCAUUAGUUUUGUUUUAUUUUACUGAUACUGAUAAAGCUGAAGUAUUUAUUCAAAAGACCCCACAUUCCUAUACUCCAUGUUCCCAAACUUCAUUCCAUUCUAAAUUGUUACAAGGAUAUUGAGGAAAAGAAGAUUUGAUGCAUAACUGCAUAGUGCAUUGUUAAUUCCCUAUACAUGUUAUUUGCUAAUUGAUUCAUGCAUUGAGCACUGAACAAACCAAACUCAAAUUUACAGAGGCCAAUUAGUAUUGAACUAAGUCAUUAUGCCGAAUGCAAUUGGAUCUGUUGAAUGCUUUCUGCAGUAUCUUGUUUAAGAGAAGGAAGGCAAUAUUGAAUUCACAAAUAACUCUUGAAUUUGGAUGAUAGUUGAUUCUAAGACAAAUUGAGGUAGUUUGUAGAGUAUAUACCAAUAGUGCAGUAUUACAGUAGAAUAUCAUGAACUUUGCCCUUGGUGUAUAAAUUUCCAAAAGUAACAUAGUGUGAAAGCCUUGAACUAGAGCAUGAGAGCAUUGGGAUGCAAUAUGCACUUGUCAGACUACUCAGUGUAAAACAGUUAGCUUUAGAAUGCGCAGAUGACAGUGUACAGGUCAGACCAAACAGUGUAGGUUGUUAUUUUUGUUAACGUAUUGCUUGUUCCAAGCCCCAUUCAAAAAUAGAGUUUAGCAUCAGAAAUAAGAUUUACAAACAGCUUUUUGGCUCCACACAUGAAUCCUGCACUUACCACAAAAAGGUAUCCAUUUUUAGUUCUCUAAUCUAUAUUGUAAUAUAAUAUUUUCAAAACAUGCCACUUCAUAAUUUAGUCAAAAUGAUCCAUUCUUAAUGUUGGCAUUUGAAUUUGAUUACAACUGUGCAUUACUUCUCUGCAAAAGCUUAAGUCUUUAAUUCACAUUAUCUCGGAAUGUCACAAGUCCCUGCUUUUAUUUUUUUCAGAAGUAUUAAAACCACCAUGAUCAUGAGCUAGGAAAUAAGGGUGCAGGCUUUAAAAAUAAAACUAAACAUGAGAAAUAGUAGAUGUAGUAGAUAAUUUGAUUGCAAGCCUUUGGCACAUUGAAAAUAAGGGCAUAAUCCUGAACUCUGGUUCAAAAUGUACUGAUGUUAUGAUUUGAAUUAUCCACAAAUUUUCAUUCCAGUAGCUUACAUUUGUGAUUUGAACAAAUACACUUAUGCAUGCUAAUUUUAAAAUAAAUCACUUUAUUGCCACUAGAAUAAAUAAUUUCAACAAGCACUAUUAAAUCUACUGUAUCUAAUUAGAUUUCAUGUUGGUAAUUUAUCAUGCUUUACUCAAAACACUUCAUCUACAGGACAACCGAACAAUAUUAAAAUGCUAUCAUUUCAGCAAGCCAUUUUAAGCACUUUGACAUAUCAAUGGCUAUACUGUGUCAGUUUAGCUAUUGAUAGGGCUGCCAAAUAUAAACUGUUAUGGAUAUUUUUGCAAUAGUUAGUCUGGAAAAAAGCUUAAUUGGCUUUUCUUUUGUAUAAGCAAAUAGAGUUCAGUUUCAGGUGCUUUCAUUGAUCUUGUAAAUUUGGAAAAUGCAGGAAGGAGCAUGGAGGGAUGCGGUAAAGUACAAAUUGACUUUGGUAACUGAUUUACACAAUUAUAUUCAGCAAGUUAAAUAAGUCUUAAAGCUGCUUGAUUUCUGUAGGCAUGAUAUUUAAAAAGUGCUGUAUCAUAAAAGUAUCAUAUUUAAGCCCAUUAACUCAGUAGUUUUGGACAUUAUUUAGGAAGUUUUUUUGUUCAUAAAUGGCAGUGUCAUUGAGAAAUCUUUGUAUGUUGUCAUGGAGUCAACAUUUGUCAUCUCUUUGCCAAUUGUUACUUUUCUCUUGAUCCUAUUGAGUGUUGGUUAGAUCUUUAAAGCCAGGCAACACUUAAACCACAUGUAAGUCAUAAGCAUGCUGUUUAAGUUUAAUAAUGAAGCCACUAUGAAAGAUAAUGAGUGCACAGAAGGCUAAAUUUGGCGGACUUCACUGAAAAAUAUGUGGUCAGUGAAAAUUAGCAGACCAGUCAGUUUAAUUUUCAGGGUUACAUACCAGUUGGAAAAUACCGUUACCAAUGUGCAUUUGUUUGUACUGUAAAUGUCAAUUAGAUAUGGUUCAGCAAAUUAAAGAAAGCACUUGAGAAAUAUAUUCCCUAUUUAUGCAAGCUUGGCUGUCUAUGGCUGGAAUCCAUAGUUGUUGACAUAUUGCAGCUGACUAAUGAGGUAGUAUCUCCGUAUAUCUAACAGACUUCAAAUUAAAUCUGAGAAUUACUUUCUGUAAAUGUCAGCUUGGUAAAUAUUGGUUAGUUGCAAGUUCAGAUUUGAUACAGUUUCAGCAGACCUGUUCGGAAAUAAUAGGUGUUCUCUCUGUACUGCUGACUUUAUUUUCUGUCGAAUUUUAUAUUUCUUGGUAUUGAUCACAAUGCAGGAAGAAGAAAACAAAGUGUAAUUUAUUAUUUUUUAAAAAUAAGUCCAACUACGUGCCUCCUUAAAAGUGCAUUGACUUCCAUAAUAUAAAUCAUAAAGGAACAUGAAACAGGUUUGGACCAUUCAGCUCCUCGAACCUUUUCCACCAUUCAACUAGAUAUGGGUGAUUUGUACCUCAUCUUCAUUUACUCAUUAUUUCUUCAUGUCCUCUUGAGGAACAUCUGACUGAAUGAGGCUUCCUCCCUAGAGAAGAAAUUGCAGCAAGCCACAGCAACAAAGCUGAUUGGCUUUAAUGCAAAGUAACCUAAGAUUCACUCUGAUUUGGUUGGGAACCUCCUACUUUAUAAAUGAAGUCAUUUAAAUUGUGGUUGAAUGUGUAGUGAUGCGCCCUAUACUGUUUGUGCCGACGCAUGUCAGUUUUAGUAGCUGCCAAAUGUGCCUUUUUAUUAUGUCUCAACCUUCUUUUCUGACUUCUUGAACUUUUUUUAAAAUCUUUUUUGUUUUAGAAAAAGGGAGGUGGGGCAAGUUAUAUUUCUGGUUAUAUGCACCAGAAAACAAACCUUUUCUGGUAUAAACAAAAUGUACAUAUCAGUGGUUAAAGUUUGCGUGUGUGUGUGUGUGUGUGUGUGUGUGUGUGUGUGUGUGUGUGUGUGUUGCAUUUGUUUUAAUGGCAUGGUUAUUUGCAGCUAUGAUUAUGUGUAGUCAUUAGAUAAAGUUGACCAGAUUUGAGAACAAAUCGUAGUCUUUCUUGGCACAUUUGAAAUUACCUGUAUAUUUUAACCAUGUCUGUAGAAUUUCGUAUCCUGUGUUAGGAAUAAUAGUAUUCAUUUUGCAGUUCAGUAUAAUAAUUGCAGUUUGCCCUGUAUCGAUUACAUAGAAAAAUAAUAUUCAGAACGAAUGGGAACAAAUAAUGGCAAAGUGACACUUGACUUACAAAAUAGGACCCAGAUAAAAUAUACACAACAAUGAAAUAAAUUGUUUUUGCCUUACUUUUGUUCAAAGUGUAUUACACUGACAUUUCUAAUGUAAUUUACCAGGAUAUUUUGUUUCUUUCCUGGAACAAUUGUUUUUAACAAUAUCGUAAGUCAUUUUUUUUCAACUGGUAUGUAAAUCCUAGAAUGCUUCGCAAUGGGAAUUUUUGCAUUAGCCUAAUUUUUUUGUGUGUAAUUGGGUUUAUUUUAAAUGGUUACAUUAAAUUUCCA